CCAAUUGCAGUGGCACCCGGAAACACGGUGCACCAACCAGGCUUCUACAUAGAGGGUGUUGCCACCCAGGCUGAGACUAUUUGGGGCUAUUGGGUCUUGCUAUCUGGAUGAUCCUCUUUCUCGGUGGCCAUCAUGUCUUUGACCUCUGCCUACCAUCAUAAAUUAGCAGAGAAACUCACCAUCCUGAAUGACCGAGGCCAGGGAGUUCUCAUCCGCAUGUACAACAUCAAGAAGACCUGUUCAGAUCCAAAAUCUAAGCCACCUUUCUUACUGGAAAAGUCCAUGGAAUCAAGUCUCAAGUACAUCAACAAGAAAUUUCCCAACAUAGAUGUCCGAAAUAGCACGCAACAUUUAGGACCAGUACAUCGUGAAAAAGCUGAGAUAAUUAGAUUCCUCACCAACUACUACCAGUCAUUUGUGGACGUCAUGGAAUUCCGGGAUCAUGUAUAUGAACUUCUCAACACCAUUGAUGCCUGCCAGUGCCAUUUUGAUAUCAAUCUCAACUUUGACUUCACUCGGAGCUACCUGGACUUGAUCGUGACUUACACCUCAGUCAUCUUACUCUUGUCACGGAUUGAGGACCGCCGGAUACUCAUUGGCAUGUACAACUGUGCCCAUGAGAUGCUGCAUGGGCACAGUGACCCCAGUUUUGCUCGCCUGGGCCAGAUGGUAUUAGAGUAUGACCAUCCUCUGAAGAAGCUGACUGAAGAAUUUGGACCUCACACAAAGGCUGUGAGUGGGGCCCUCCUCUCUCUGCACUUCCUCUUUGUUCGGAGGAACCAGGGUGCUGAGCAGUGGCGCAGUGCCCAGCUUCUAAGCCUCAUCAGCAGCCCCCCAGCCAUGAUUAACCCUGCCAAUUCAGACACAAUGGCCUGUGAGUAUCUGUCUGUGGAAGUGAUGGAGCGAUGGAUCGUAAUUGGGUUUCUUCUUUGUCAUGGGUGCCUCAACUCCAACAGCCAGUGCCAACAGCUGUGGAAGCUAUGUCUGCAGGGCUCCCUGUACAUCACCCUCAUCCGGGAGGAUGUGCUGCAAGUGCACAAGGUCACUGAGGACCUCUUCAGUAGUUUGAAAGGGUACAGUAAGCGAGUGGCAGACGUCAAGGAGAGCAAGGAGCAUGCCAUUGCAAACAGUGGCCAAUUUCACUGUCAGCGUCGGCAGUUUCUUCGGAUAGCUGUGAAGGAGUUGGAGACUGUGUUAAAUGAUGAACCAGGCCUGCUGGGUCCUAAGGCCCUUUUUGCUUUCAUGGCCCUGUCUUUCAUUCGUGAUGAGGUCACUUGGCUGGUUCGUCAUACAGAAAAUGUUACCAAGACUAAGACACCUGAAGACUAUUCUGACUCGAGCAUUGCAGAGCUCCUCUUCCUGCUGGAGGAGAUCAGGGCUCUGGUUCGACGACACAUCCAAGUGAUUCAGCAGUACCAUGUUCAGUACCUGGCCAGGUUUGAUGUCCUUGUGCUCAGUGACAUCAUUCAGAACCUAUCUGUGUGUCCAGAGGAGGAGUCUGUCAUCAUGUCUUCGUUUGUUAGCACCCUGUCCUCUCUGAAUCUCAAGCAAGUUGAUAAUGAAGAGAAAUUUGACUUUUCUGGAUUGAGGCUGGAUUGGUUCCGCCUACAGGCAUAUACCAGUGUGUUGAAGGCACCUUUGCACCUACAUGAGAACCCUGACCUAGCCAAGGUCAUGAACCUCAUCAUCUUUCACUCCCAGAUGCUGGACUCAGUAGAGCAAAUGCUGGUGGAAACCUCUGACCUUUCUAUUUUCUGCUUUCAUCUCCGUACCUUUGAGAAGAUGUUUGCCAUGACCCUGGAGGAACCUUCCAUGCUUCGAUACACCAUCGCAUUCCCCCUGAUUUGUGCUCAUUUUGUCCACUGCACUCAUGAAAUGUGCCCGGAGGAGUACACUCACCUGAAGAACCAUGGUCUUCACCACUGCAAGUCCUUCCUGGAAGAGCUGGCCAAGCAGACCAGCAACUGCGUGUUGGAGAUCUGUGCUGAGCAGCGGAACCUGAGCGAGCAGCUUCUACCUAAGCACUGUGCCACCACCAUCAGCAAAGCCAAGAACAAGAAGUCCAUGAAGCAGAGGCAGGCUCCCAGGAAAGGAGAGCCUGAGAGGGACAAGCCUGGAGCGGAGAGUCACCGGAAGAACCGCAGCCUUGUCACUAACAUGGACAAACUACAUUUAAACUUGACCGAAUUGGCACUGGCAAUGAAUCAUGUGUAUAGUUUCUCUGUGUUUGAACACACCAUCUUCCCAUCUGAGUAUCUCAGCAGCCACCUGGAGGCCAGGCUCAACAGAGCCAUCGUGACUUUGGCUGGCUACAAUGCCACAACGCAGGAAAUCCUUAGGCCUUCUGAGCUGUUGGCAGGAGUCAAAGCAUACAUCAGUUUCAUUCAGUCAUUGGCACAGUUCUUGGGUGCAGAUGCUUCCAGAGUUGUCCGCAGUGCCCUCCUGCAGCAGACACAGCCAUUGGACUCCUGUGGCGAGCAGACUGUCACCACUCUCUACACAAACUGGUACCUAGAAAGCCUACUCAGACAGGCGAGCAGUGGAGUCAUCGUCCUCUCUCCAGCCAUGCAGGCCUUCAUCAGCCUUCCCCGAGAUGGGGAGCAGAACUUCAGUGCUGAGGAGUUCUCGGACAUCUCUGAGAUGCGAGCCUUGGCUGAAAUUCUUGGCCCUUAUGGCAUGAAGUUCCUGAGUGAAAACCUAAUGUGGCAUGUGACUUCUCAGAUUGUGGAGCUGAAGAAGCUGGUGGUGGAAAACAUGGAUAUACUGGUUCAGAUCAGAUCCAACUUCAGCAAGCCAGACUUAAUGGCAUCUCUGCUGCCCCAGCUGAUGGGGGCUGAAAAUGUGCUGAAACGAAUGACCAUCAUUGGGGUGAUUCUCAAUUUUAGGGCCAUGGCCCAAGAGGGACUUCAGGAGGUUUUUUCUUCCCACUGCCCCUUUCUCAUGGGCCCUAUUGAGUGCCUGAAGGAGCUUGUCACUCCAGAUACAGACAUCAAGGUCACCCUGAGUAUCUUUGAGCUGGCAUCUGCUGCAGGGGUGAGCUGUGACAUUGAUCCAGCCCUGGUAGCUGCCAUUGCCAAUCUGAAAGCUGAUAACUCAUCUCCUGAAGAAGAGUACAAGGUGGCAUGCCUACUCUUGAUCUUUCUUGCUGUUUCCCUCCCACUCCUUGCCACUGACCCUUCUUCCUUCUACAGCAUUGAGAAGGAUGGCUACAACAACAACAUCCACUGUUUGACCAAAGCCAUCAUACAGGUGUCUGCUGCCCUCUUCACUCUGUACAACAAGAACAUUGAAACUCACCUCAAGGAGUUUCUGGUGGUGGCUUCUGUCAGCCUCUUGCAGCUGGGCCAGGAGACUGACAAGCUCAAAACCAGAAACCGUGAAUCCAUUUCUCUGCUCAUGCGAUUGGUGGUGGAGGAGUCACCCUUCUUGACCCUGGACAUGCUGGAGUCCUGUUUCCCUUACGUCCUGCUACGCAAUGCCUAUCGGGAGGUUUCUCGGGCCUUCUACCUGAACCGUCUGCCAGCCAGUACCCACUGAAGGGCCUUUUGGAAGUGCCAAGAGCCACACCACAGUGAAAGCUGUAGCCAUUUCUUCAAGAGGGGAGAAGAGUGGGAGGGUACCCAGGGAGAGACAGGGUCAGGCCCUACAGCUGAUGACAGGGAUAUGGAAGAGUGUCUAGGACUGAGGAAGCAUGGAGAAGUGGAAUGGGCUGGGGCCAUGACAGACAGUUUAUGGACAAGGGUGUGGAACCACAUGUAUGAAUUUUUAACAAUAAAAAAAGCCAGUGACCUAUAA